UAAUAAUAAUAAUAAACCAAAAAGAACAAAAAAAACAAAAGAAAGACGCAGCUGUUGACGGAUGGACGGCGGCCGACAGAUUCAACUCCAAAUUAGAGAUGCAGAAGGACAUGCAAGUACAUCAAUGGAUGCAAUUUCGACAAAACAAUCUCCCUCGCCGAACGUGAGGCCUAAACGAUGGACAUGGUGGUUCAUAGUGGCACUAAACAUCUUCUUUCUUCUAGCAGGUCAAACAGCAGCCACUCUUCUCGGUCGGUUCUACUACGAUCAAGGCGGAAAUAGCAAGUGGAUGGCGACACUAGUCCAAACGGCCGCCUUCCCGAUCCUUUUCAUUCCCCUUUUUGUCAUUCCUUCAUCUCCUGAUACCAAUGCCGUUCGCCCUCCCCCUAUUGCCAAACUUGUUCUAAUCUACAUUGUCUUAGGCUUGAUCAUCGGCGGAGAUAACUUAAUGUAUUCAUACGGCCUUUUAUAUCUUCCCGUAUCGACGUACUCACUCAUAUGUGCCACACAACUAGCCUUCAAUGCAGUAUUCUCCUACUACCUCAAUUCGCAGAAAUUCACAUCUUUGAUACUGAACUCUGUAGUUCUUCUCACCUUCUCCGCGGCUCUUCUUGGCAUUGGUUCUGGCUCCGAAGAAUCUCAAAGCAUUCCUAAGGGAAAGUAUGCUCUUGGUUUUGUACUCACACUCGGUGCAUCGGCCACAUAUUCGCUGAUUCUUUCGCUAAUGCAAUGCACAUUCCAAAAGGUCCAGAAGAAGGAGACAUUUUCCGUUGUACUGGAGAUGCAGAUUUGGACUGCAUUUUUCGCUACUUGUGUUUCUUUGGUCGGUCUAUUUGCGAGCGGAGAAUGGAAGACCUUGAGAGGAGAGAUGCAUGGUUUCGCUAAAGGAAGAGUUUCGUAUUUGAUGGUUCUAGUUUGGACUGCUUUGUCUUGGCAAUUGGCUUCGGUCGGAGUUGUGGGACUGAUCUUUGUCGUAUCAUCACUCUUUUCCAAUGUAAUCAGCACAUUGGCCUUGCCUAUUGUACCAAUUUUCGCCGUCAUAUUCUUUCACGAUAGCAUGGAGGGAGUGAAGAUCAUGGCCGUCUUGCUUGCGAUCUGGGGCUUUGUUUCUUAUAUCUAUCAGAAUUAUCUUGAUGAUAUCAAAGCUAAGAAGCCAGUGAUUGCAUUAGAAACUUGAAAACCUCAGCAAAACAAUACCUUUUUCAGUUUUCUGUAGCUUUUUCUGCAACACGGUUAACAGAUUUCAAUAAUUCUGACCAUUUAAAUUAAGCUUCAGAAUGUAUUUCAGCGAAUGAUAUGCUAAGAAAUUUAAGCCUGUUUCAA